CCGUCUCCUCUUGUUUCUGAUUUCGCAGAGAGGAGACUCUGAAUGUAACCUCAAAACAAAACACACAUAGAUUUCAGAGAGAGAGAGGGGGAAAGAGAAAGACUCAUUUGACCUCCAAAUGCACAUGGCUUCUUGGGCUUCUCUUCUCUCCACAUUAUUGACUCAGUAGUUGAGCAGAUUCCUCAGAUCUACAGUGUAAAAGUUUCUGAAUAUUCUACUACAAGACCUUCCAUAAUUUUUUAGUCCAAGGAUUAUCUGGUAUAAUACUAGUGAAGGUCUAAUUGUUGCCAAGGAAUUGGCUCAGAUGCAUAGACUACUACCCAUGGAUGGAUAAUGUGGGUUUAAGUGAUUCAAAGUUCAGCAAGAUGGAGAACAAUCAAAUUGAUCAGAUUGAAGACAUGGACAUUGAAGUUGUUCCUUCAAUGUGGCCUGAAGAUAUUGAUAGUGAAAAGCCAUACAAUGUAGAAAAGCCAGGAGGAGAUCAAGAUAUGUUGGAGGAAGUUACUAUAGUUGAGGAGCCAAGUAUAGUCGAUUUCCACCGCCUUAUAGAGCUAACCAGUUACACUGACAGGGGUUCUUCUCAGCUAGCAUACCUUGUAAAACAUUGGGAAUAUCAGCAGGCGACUGCUGUACGACUUCUCAGAGAAGAGCUUGACAUUCUAAGCCAGCAAAGGCAAGAAGUUGAGCUGAAAAAGUUGGAAAUAUUGGAAAAUUUUCGGUUUGAGGAAGAAGGAUAUGGUGGUGACAAUCGUCCAAUAUCUAUAUUGGAUGAAGUUAUUGAUAUAUAUCAAGCUCUUCCUCGGAGAAAAAAAGAUGUCAUUAUUCAAAACAAGAAAGUAAAAAUAGAUGCUGAAUAUGACACUGUUGCAUACUGGAAGCAGCGAGCCCUGAAUUUGGAGAAAUUGUUGGAGGCUAGCAUCCAGAGGGAGGAAGCACUUAACGAGAAGUUACAGGAAAGUGUAAAAGAUUUGGAAAGGCAGUCCUCCCCAGUAGAAGAAUUGUCCCAGAUUCUGAAAAGAGCAGACAAUUUCUUACAUUUUAUACUUCAAAAUGCUCCUGUUGUCAUGGGUCAUCAGGAUAAAGAGUUAAGAUAUCGCUUUAUCUAUAAUCAUUUCCCAAGUUUGCAAGAGGAGGACAUUUUGGGAAAGACAGAUAUGGAAAUUUUUACAGGAGCAGGAGUUAAGGAAUCACAAGAUUUCAAGAGAGAAGUUCUGGAGAAAGGAUUGCCUGCAAAGAGGGAAAUUACGUUUGAGACAGAAUUAUUUGGCUUGAAGACAUUUUUGAUUUAUGUAGAACCUGUAUUUAGCAAGUCAGGGGAGACAAUUGGGAUAAAUUAUAUGGGAAUGGAUGUGACUGACCAGGUAAGGAAAAGAGAAAAGAUGGCAAAGCUUCGAGAAGAGAUAGCAGUACAGAAAGCAAAAGAAACAGAACUGAAUAAAACAAUCCAUAUAACAGAGGAGACAAUGCGUGCAAAACAAAUGCUGGCAACGAUGUCUCAUGAGAUAAGAUCUCCUCUUUCUGGGGUUGUAAGCAUGGCUGAGAUACUUUCCACCACGAACCUUGACCAUGAGCAAAGACAGCUACUCAACGUUAUGAUAUCUUCAGGGGAUCUCGUCCUUCAACUCAUAAAUGACAUACUUGACCUUUCCAAGGUUGAGUCUGGUGUUAUGAAAUUGGAAGCCACAAAAUUCCGUCCAAGAGAGGUAGUAAAGCAUGUACUUCAAACAGCUGCUGCAUCAUUGAAAAAGAUUCUGAUAUUGGAAGGACGCAUAGCUGAUGAUGUCCCCAUUGAGGUCAUUGGAGAUGUUCUAAGGAUUCGACAAAUCCUCACUAACUUAAUCAGCAAUGCAAUCAAGUUUACCCAUGAAGGGAAAGUAGGGAUAAAACUUUAUGUGGUACCAGAUCCAUGUUCUGGAAAGGCGGGAGGUAACCAUCAGAAGUCAUCUUGUGGUCAUUCAACCACAAAUGCAUCAAAGAAGGAGAAAUGCACAUCAGCAUCUCAAACUAACAAUGAUCAAAAUGGUUCUCACAGUCCUCGUCAACAUCAUUUACUUGAUAGUGAACCUAGAAGUCCAGUUAGAAAUGGAAAUGCCAUGGAAGGAGAUAAACAGGAGGAACCUCAGUUACCGGGAACAGUAGUAUGGCUGCGCUGUGAUGUUUAUGACACUGGAAUUGGAAUACCAGAAAAUGCUUUGCCAACUCUAUUUAAAAGAUACAUGCAAGUCAGUGCAGAUCAUGCUCGAAAAUAUGGAGGGACAGGCCUGGGACUUGCAAUAUGCAAACAGCUGGUUGAGCUGAUGGGUGGCCGUCUAACUGUGUCUAGCCAAGUGAACUAUGGGUCUACUUUCAUAUUUAUUUUACCAUACAAGGUAUCACCAAUGUGUGAUUCUUCUGAUGAAGCUGAUGAGCUAUCAGAUAUGACUGAUCAUGAUGCUGAAAUAGAGGAUGAAACUGCUGGCUACUUUUUGUUCCAACCACGUGCGUUGGGCCCUCUGUUCUCUUGUAAUGGAUCCACGAGGACUAAAAAAUUAUUACCACAAAAUAUUUGCUAUGCUAAGAAUGCAUUCUCAGACAACCCAUACUCAUUUUCCCAUAAUUUUAUAUCCAAAGAGACGGCAUCUGUUGAGGAUGCCUGUUCUAUGGUGGAAGUUGCUGAUACAUUAUCUGAACCUGAAAGUUCUUUCAGUCACAGUCCGGAACCUGCUGGUGAGAAUGCAGCUUGUAGAAACAAGCAUUUGCAAGAUGACACAAAUAGACAAUUGCAAAAUCCUACUACAAAUUCUACUUCUCAUGCAGAAUGCAGCAGAAAAAUGGAUGGAAGGCCAAAGAGAAGUGAACCCCUAGGAUCAAGUCAGGUGGGGGAGAAAUCUGGAAUAAGUUAUCAGUUCACAUCUGGAAGCAGUUCACAAGUAGAAAUAUCAAAAUUACAGCCUAAGAUCCUUCUUGUAGAAGACAAUAAGAUUAAUGUAAUGGUGACUCGAUCAAUGAUGAAGCAAUUAGGCCAUACCAUAGAUGUUGUUAACAAUGGAGUUGAAGCUGUGCGUGCAGUUCAAUGCAAUUGUUAUGAUCUCAUAUUGAUGGAUGUCUGCAUGCCAGUUAUGGAUGGCCUUCAAGCCACUAGACUUAUCCGUUCUUUUGAAGAAACUGGCAGUUGGGAUGCAGCAGUUAAGGCUGGAAUCGAAUUAUGUUCACCUUCCUCAAAUUCAUUACUAUUAAAUUCUCAAGGUUCUACGCCUUCGACCAAGCGGACCCCUAUAAUUGCAAUGACUGCAAAUGCAUUGUCAGAGAGUGCAGAGGAAUGUUAUGCAAAUGGCAGUAGCAUCUCAACAGAAAUCAAGUUGUAUAUAUCAAUUCAAAACCUUUUUUUCCUCUUUUUGGUCCAACAAAUUUCUCCCAUAUUACUGAAGUUUUUAGAAGGUAAUUGGACUGUUUGUACAUUUUCUAAUGCCAAUAUAAUUAGUAUUCCACUUCAAGCAAAUGCAACAUCUUAAUUGUGCAUAGAAUGUGGGGCAUGUAUUGAAUUUUGGGGCUGCUGAUUUUGAAUACAUUUAUUGAUUGCUACUCCUAUAUAUUAUUCUGAGAAAUAAAUAAAUAAGCGAUAAAAUUAACGUCACAAAUCUAUAAAAUCCAUAGCUUUCUGGGUCUUUCUAGAUAAGUAAGAAUACGAUAAAAAGCCAAUUUGGCCCUCAAAAUUGCCAUGUUGGCUCGAUUAAGUAUAAAAGGCAUUUCUGGAGUUAGGCCUUUUGACACAAUAACCCUAUAUUAUUUCAAUGGAACAUCCAAUAUCAAUAUAUAAG